ACAGGAGGAGGAGGAGCUCGGAGCCGUCGGGCCCUGCGGAGCCAGGCAGUAUCUGGCGGAGGUGGCCAUGGGGAAGCAUUACUUCUGUGACUACUGCAACCGCUCCUUCCAGGACAACCUCCACAACCGCAAGAAGCACCUGAAUGGGCUACAGCACCUCAAGGCCAAGAAGGUCUGGUAUGACAUGUUUCGAGAUGCAGCUGCCAUCUUGCUAGAUGAACAGAACAAGCGGCCGUGUAGGAAGUUUCUGCUGACAGGCCAGUGUGACUUUGGCUCCAACUGCAGAUUUUCCCACAUGUCAGAGAGAGAUCUGCAAGAGCUGAGUAUCCAGGUGGAGGAAGAGAGGCGGGCCAGGGAGUGGCCAUUAGAUGUCGUCGAGCUCCCUGAGGGCCAUCUGGAAGACUGGUUGGAAAAGAGAGCAAAGCGGUUGAGCUCAGCCCCAAGCAGCAGGGCCGAGCCCAUGAGAAACACCAUCUUCCAGUACCCCAUAGGCUGGCCACCAGUCCAGGAGCUGCCUCCAUCCCUGCGGGCACCCCCACCCGGGGGGUGGCCCCUGCAGCCCAGUGUCCAGUGGGGCUGAGCCCCU